AUGUCGGGAAAAGUUAAAUCUCGUUCAUCAGCAAAUGCAGCGGACAGUGCAACACAGUCUUUGAAUGAGAGGAUCUUGAAAGAAUGUCAUAGCCUUUACAUCGACCCUGAAAAUGGACUGGUGAAGAUUGCUGAGAGUCUUGGCCUCCAUCUGCUGGCACCAAGGAAGAAGAUCACAGUUCUCUUGAUUGGCAACCAUUCAGCUGGAAAGAGCUCCUUCAUCAAUUG